AUGGACUCUCUGGCAGAGGAGAUACAAUUACUAGCAAUAAUUCAGGGGUAAAUCCACAUUCAAAAUAUUUGCAGCCAACAGUUGCUUCUCUUUCAAGAUAAAAAGUAAUAAACUAACAGAGAUAAAUUUGUUUAGUCACCUUAUCGAGUAAAUAUCAGAGAAAGAUUAUUUGAGUUAGAAGAUGCAUUGUUAGAGAUUAAAACUACGACCUAGUAGAAAGAGUAGAAUAUAUAAAGUGCUCUUGAAAAGGAGAAUACAAAGGUUGUUCAAACAGUUAACUCACAAAUCAUUAAUUUAAAGCAAGCAAUUGGUACUCUUGCAGAUGCAGUCAGUGAGGAGAUUGAAAACCUCAAAAGGUCUAUUCAAUCAGAUGUAGAUAUAUAGCUGAAUUAAAAUUAAGUCAAGUUUGAGUAGCUUUGCCAGGUAUUCAGCAAGCAUGAAAAUGAUAAUUCAAAGAUCAUCUUUGAGAUAAACACCUUGAAAGAUGAACUUUAAACACUUCAUGCUAUAGAAGGGAAGAACGUUGAGAAGUUUCAUGGAUACAUGGAGGAUAGGCUUACUAACAUGAAAAGUGAUAAUAAAGCUGGUAAGAACAUCAAACAAUAAUCUAAAUGA